ACUUCAGUUGUGAAUAGAUCUCAAAGGUGGCAGCAGUCUUGAGAAUUAGAGGACAUCAAUUUAACGUGAUUGACAACAAAAGACAGACAACAGUGAAAAAAAAACUUUUUAUAAGUAGUUGGGAAUCUGAAACGCGCCGACAGUGUGGGGUGAAAUCUGUUAAAUCGAUGCUUUCAAAACAGGUGACAAGGUGUGGAGCUGGAUGAACACAGCAGGCCAAGCAGCAUCUUAGGAUCAGGAAAGCUGACGUUUUAGGCCUAGACCCUUCAUUCCAAAGUCUUGGAUCCCAGGGAAAGGACAACGUGCGAAAAUAAAACCUAAAUCUAAGUCUACGUAAGUUAUCCUGUGAGUGAAAAGUAAGUGGGCGAGCGACAGCGGACCAGUGGGUGAAUAUACGAAUCGUUAAGGCCGGGGGAGGAGUGGAUGCAUGAGCAGUCCAGUCCAGGAUGAAAAUGAUGACAUAGAUGAAAUUGACGUGUUUGGUUUUUCACCGAAGUAUUUCGGAGUCAGACUGAGUGCAGUGGCCGGAAGACCCACGAUAUAAAAGUUGGAAUUUCCAGUUCGGGAGUGAAGAGCCCACUUGAUUCCGCUGAUCCAGUGCAGAUUAAAGUGACAAGUUACACGGAGUAUUCUGCAGUGAAAUCAACGUAACUCACUCGCUCUGUCCUCAUCAUGGAUGUGCAGUUUUUCGCCAUGACCUGCAGCAUCUUGCUGCUGCUGCUGGCUUCGCAAGUCAACAUGGCAAAGCAAGACAACCGAGGUGUCUGCUCGCUGUUACCAGACCCAGGACCCUGUAAGGCCUUGAUCCAACGCUUUUAUUACAACAGAUAUACUCAGAAUUGUGAGGAAUUUGAAUAUGGUGGCUGCAGUGGUAAUGCAAAUAACUUUAAAACGUUGAAAGAAUGCACACGGCACUGCCGAAGAAUUAAAAAAGUUCCUAAAGCAUGUAGGUUGGAGGCAGAUUCAGGACCAUGCCGCGCUUACCUUGAGAGAUAUUUCUACAACUUUACAACAGGACAAUGUGAGGAAUUUGUGUUUGGUGGUUGCCGUGGAAAUGAAAAUAAUUUCAAGGAUGUUUCAUCUUGCCAGAAUGAGUGCAAGCCAAUAUCUGCUUUACCCUCCUUCUGUACCAAACCCAAAGAUAAGGGAACUUGUGCAGCUGAUAUCCUACGGUUUUACUUCAACGAUGAGAAAGGGAUCUGUGAGACAUUCGACUACUCUGGCUGUGGUGGAAAUAACAAUAACUUCAUUUCUCUGAAUGAGUGCCAAAAGAUUUGUCAACCACGUGACCAAAAACCAGUGAAAAGCAAGGAUCCUGUGAAACCAAGUUAUAAGAUAAUUCAAUUAAAAAGAAGAACGAAGUUUUUAAGAAAUCAAAAGAGGGAAACUUAAAUGUUGGUCGCUCUUAGCAAGAAGGUCCAAGUCACGUGUCCUUAUUUUCCACCUUGGUUUAAAAUCUAGACUGAGAUCAACAUUUUCUCCAUAUCUUUGAACAUCAGAAGAGGAGACGCAAGCAAAAUCUAAUCUCCCAAAAUAUUCUGAGUGUAUAGAGUUUUCUUUCAGAUUAUGCUUUUGUUGCAUUUAUUAUUGUGUUACUCAUUUUGCUAAGAUCAUGUUUUAAUAACAACAGGAAGCUAAAGAAAGGAAGGAUUUAAUGGACCAUUAAAUGGAUCAUUUCUCAUUCUACUUAUUUUUAUAACAUUCCGGUGGAAUCUGUUUUGUGUUAGAGACCAUACAUUUAAAUGCUGGCAAUGGGACUAGAUUUAUUUAGAAUAUCUGGUCAUGUGGAAACAGAACCUUUGGUCCAACUCAUCUAUGCCAACCAGAUACUCUAAAUAAAUCUAGUCCAUUUGCCAGCAUUUGCCCCAUAUCCCUCUAAACCCUUCCUAUUCAUAUACCAGCCUCUGCUGCUUAGUCUGGCAGCUCAUUAUAGCUGUCAGUUUUUUCUUGUCAUCUCUUCUAUGACUUAUUUCAGUUCAAAUAGAUAUAAAAUUUUGGAAUUAUUCAGUCCUCUCAUAAUUAUCUCUUGAAUUCAAAAGCACCAGCAAUUUCAACAGCUUCACUAUAUUUGAAUGGGUGUUAACCUUUAUAUUAGGCUCUUUGCAACUGACAGUGAGAGAGCUCCAACAUACGGUUGAAUACCACUUUUUGAACAGAGAUAUGUGAAGGAACUUUGAACUUUGUUUGAAAGGAAACUUUUUGUGAGACCAUUGCUUUUGGGAAGUUAAAUCACAUGGAAGUUAAAUCACAUCAUUGCUUUAACUAGUUAGAUUCAAUUUAAAGCCUGUAAUUGUUAAAGUCUACUGAACUACUUUUAUGACUGUGUUAUUUAGCAAUUAUGCACAUAUUAAAUAGAACAAAUAUAUAUAAAGUAUUAGAAUUUAUUCUUAGAAUAUGGGAAAAUUGAUAAUAUCCAAAGAUGCUGUCCUGUUGGAAUAAAUUCUGUAUUGCUACUCUCUGUUAUGAAUACUCAAUUGAAACGGGGAAUAUUUACAUACUUAAGCCAUAAAAAGAUUAAAAAAGAAUGAAAGACAAA